AUGCCUACACCACUUCCAUCGAGUUUCGCUUCGGCCGCUGCCGGCAACACCCAGGACCCCAGCCGGAGAGGGGAUGGUUCGACUGGCGGAGAAUGGUCCCGAACCCGCAUGAACGGAGCUACGCAGACCUUCCGUCGUCCUUCUGUUGCUACCAACCCUUCCCACCACCGGGACAGUAGCCAGCCUGUAUCUGCCUCGACACCGACGGCCGGCGGCGCGUACAUCCCUCCACACAUGAGCUCAAGUACUUCUAGCAUUGCACGGAAUGGGGACGCCCGGUACUCCAAGGAUGAACUCCUAGAGCUGUAUAAAUCGCAGCGGGAGGAUGGAUCUUUGAGUAAGAACGUGGGGGAAUAUUUUGUGGCCGACUGGGAUCCCCACACAGUGUCUGCUCCUGUGAAUGGAGCGUGGGGGAAGCGGGAUGACCACAAGAACAACUCCGCGGGGCCCGAGGUUUGCUGGGAUCACGGUGGCCAGGUGGAACCUCUCGGGAUCACGGGUAUGACGGAGAACGAGCGAGAGAUGUUCGCCGCCUCGGUCAAUUCCCCUCUGAAGCCCCCGCCCACCAACGCCGCAAAGGAAAAUGUCAUUCCAGGAACCGGAGGUCGCAAGUCUUCCAUCUCUUAUCCUCAGGGCCAUAUCAAUAACUAUACCACCUCCUCCCCCACCGCCGGCCGCCCGGGUCCUCGACGCCGGGAAACGGGUGACUCGAUGGGCAAUCCUAUGUCGCCUACCGGUUCCAAUUCCCGAUUCUUCCGCGACGAGGGCAACACCUCUACUCCCCCACCGGCACUGUUGCGUCGCAAAACUGAUUUCCGCGACCCGAAUCCCCGAGUGGAUGAGAAGCCCAAGGAUAGCAGGGAUGAUCCUGCGUCUCCCUUCGGCUCUCUCAAGCGCAGCACCACCAAUCCCAUCAAUACGGGUGUUAGUGGACCAAGCUCCCCUUGGGGCUCGGCUUCGCAUAAUGCUAAUUUCUCCCCGAUGGGCGCCUUUGGAGCUUUCUCCCUGGGCUCCGGUUCCGGCACACCUACGGCCGAAAAGAAACCGGGUUAUGGAAGUCUUCGGGGCGAAAGCAGAUUUAAGGGUUUGCUAUCCAAGGAUAGCUCCGAAGAUAUUGCUGGCUCCGCUAAGGAAAAGCCCAUGAGCAACCUUGAACGCCUUGCUGAAAAUGAUAGCGAUGGGCGCUCACAGUCGCCCUGGGGGGAUGCUGUCAAAACUCGUGUCAACCGAAGUGAAACCAAUCCAUUUGACGAGCCUCGCAGUGGCAGUGCCGCUCUUGGUGGGUCUCAGGAUGUUGAAGGUCCUGCUCAGUCUGACCUCGGAUUUGGCGCAUUCGGCAUGACCUCCAGCAUUCCUGGCUUCCGCGAGUUGAUGCAAAGCCAGGAGAACUCGCGGCACCCAACCCCCAGCCUUCUCCAGGGCCAUGAACCGACCAGCCCGACCAAUACCAAUCCCUACCAGAGCCCGCAUGGCGAUCGUCACGGUGAUCGCGCAGAACCCGAGGAUGUUGAUACUGAUGGAUCGGAUAUCCAGCAGGCCCAGCAUCCUGGACUCAGCGGACUUCGGGAUUCCUCCAACCCCUUUGGCUCGAUGAGACGGGUCGGCUCAGGAAUGGAUCUCCCAGCAGUGGACCGCAGCCAGAAUUCUAGUGUGAAUGCCAACCGCACUUUCUCUGGUCUCGGUGGAUUGGGUGGUCUGUCUUCCCUGGGUGGAGCCUCGACUUGGUCAUCUGGAGCUGCCGUCGGCACGCCCACUCGUGAGCGAUCUGCCUUUGGUGGUGGCUUCGGUGAUCCCAUUUUUGGCUCUAUGGGCGAUCUUCAGUCUCCAAGCCUGUCAACUCUCGGUGGUGGCGGUCUCUUCAGUCCCCACACCGGUAUGACCGGCACCGGAAGCAUCGGUCGCUCCAGCAAGUUGGGUGCUCUGUUCUCUUCCAUGCAGGACGAGCAGGGCAGGCCCGACUCUGUGGGCUUGGAUGGACUCGACCCUUCGCAAACUGAUAAGGCGGGCCAGGCGAGCCACCCAGGUUCAACCCCUGCUUCUCAAACGCCCGUUUCGGCCGUUGGCUCUAUUCCUAACCUGGGUGGCCAUGAUAUUCCUACCAGUCAGACUCCUGGCUCGGCCAUCCCUGCCUCUCAGCAGCGCACCAUGGUUAUGCCGGAUAGGAUGCGUUGGAUCUACCGGGAUCCUCAAGGCAACAUCCAGGGCCCAUGGACUGGGCUCGAGAUGCAUGAUUGGUUCAAGGCCGGCUUCUUCAGCCCCGACUUGCAGAUCAAGAAGCUCGAGGACACCGAAUUCGAGCCACUGGCGCAGCUAGUGAGACGCAUUGGGAACUCCCGCGAGCCAUUCCUUGUGCCCCAGAUUGGCCUUCCCCAUGGCCCGGAACCCACUGUUGCCCAGUGGACCAACACUACCGCCGGCUCUGCUCAGCCUCCAUUCCCAGGCAGCUUCCCGAGCUUCGGCACCACCUUGACCGCCGAACAGCAAAAUGCGCUUGAGCGACGCAAGCAGGAAGAACAGUACCUGAUGGCUCGCCAGAAGGAGCAUCUUGCUCAACAGCAGGCUAUCAUGAAGCAGAUGGCUCCUCCUGGUGCUCCCUCCUCUUCGAUGAACCCCCCUCUGCAGCACCAAUCCAGCGCUCACAGCCUUCAGAGCCAGCCCAGCUUCUCCAGCAUCACCUCCCCUGUUGGCUACCAGCCAUCUCCCAUCCAAGCUCCCAUGCAGCAGCAAUCCCAGGGUGUUCCCGGCUUCUUCGAUGGCGUUGCACCAAGACAGGGUGGCUUGUCCAACGUGGGACCCGGAAUGCUAGGAACCGAUUUCGGCAGCCAGGAUCAGCUCCCUGCACUACUUGAUCGCCUGAAUGUCGGCCGCCAGGAUCCAUUUGCCUUUGGCAGUGCUGGUUCCUUCGCUGGUCGCCAGCCUGACAACUUCUUGCAGUCCCAGCAAGUUACCCAAAUGCUUCAGGAUCGUGCUCAGCUUCAGCAAGAGCAGGAAGACUUCGACAAGGCUCAUGAGGAUGAUCCCUUCGACCAGCACGCCCGCGAAGAACGUCUUCGUCAGUUCCAUGCCCUUCGGGCUCAGGAAGGCGAGUUGGGUAUGCGCACCGCUGAAGGACUGCCUACUCACCCUGUCGCUGCAUCCCAGCAACUCGAAGCAGAGGUUGCUGCCGAGAUGGAGGAAGCAGCUCAGCAGCUGACGGACUCCGUCACGGGCGCCGAACCUCUUACUCUGUCCCAGCAAGUUCACAAGGCCGCUUCUGCUCAGCGCCAGCAGCAGGAACACGAGAACACCCAUGGCCCCACUGAGUCGGUCUGGGGCAACAAGGUUGACAGCGCUAUGCCUCAGCCCUUCCCUCCCCCCCCCUCCGCCUCGCCUCUGCCGGCACCUACUGCCCAGCGUAACCGCCAAAACGUCGCCGAGUCCCUUGCUACUGGAUCCCGCUCCCAGACUCAGACUCCUGUUGACGCCGCCCCCACCUCCGUUGCGCCCUGGGCCAAGGAGGCCAAUGACCUGCCUAAGGGUCCUUCUCUCAAGGAAAUCCAAGAAGCCGAGGCUCGUACCGCUGCCCAGCGUGAAGAAGUUGCCGCUGCUGCCCGCCGUGCUCAGUUCCUUGCCGAACAAGAGCGUCUCAGCCAAGCGCAGGCGCAGGCCGCUCCCGGUCUUCCCUCGUCGGCCAACUGGGCCAGCGCUGGAUCUCCGGCUACCCCUGCCUCGGCUGGUUCCCCUUGGGCCAACAAGUCCCAACCCGCACCUGUCGCCACUACCGCUAAGAAGACCCUCGCUCAAAUCCAGAAGGAGGAAGAGGCCCGCAAGAACCGCGCGGCGGCUGCUGCCGCUGCCGCCAUGGCUGCGACCCCCAGCCCUCCUGUUCCCUCCUCUGCCGGCAAGCGCUAUGCUGAUCUCGCCAGCAAGGGUCCUGCACCCGUCAGCCCCGCUGGUCAGACCUCUUCCAGUGCCUGGACUACUGUCGGUGCCAGCGGCAAGGUCAAGGGUGUGCCCACUGCUCCCCUCGGACCUCGUGCUACCACCGGGACUGUCCCGAUCUCUCCUGUCAUUGCUAAGCCUCGCCCUGCUACCACUACUCGUACUGUGACAAGCAGCACCCCCCAGUCCAACCCCAACCAGGCCAUGGAGGAGUUCACCAAGUGGGCUACUUUGGCCCUGAGCAAGGGGUUGAACAGCAGCAUCAAUGUCGACGACUUUGUCCAGCAAUUGCUCUUCCUGCCCGCCGAGGCCGAGAUCAUCUCCGAUUCCGUCUACGCCAACUCCCAGACCCUGGAUGGCCGCCGCUUCUCCGAGGAAUUCAUCCGCCGCCGUAAGCUGGCCGACAAGGGCAUUGUUGAUCCCGUCUCUCCCAGUGCUUUCGGUGAGCAGAAGAGCGGCGGUGGUUGGAGCGAAGUUGCCAAGAAGGGCUCUGCUGCCACCAUUGCGGCUGCUGCCCAGCGCGAGGAAGAGGCUGCCACCUCCGCGUUCAAGGUUGUCGCUCCCCGCAAGAAGGGCAAGCGCUAA